AUGGCGUCCUGGAGACCCAGGAAGCCACCGCAGGGUCCCAACGGCCUGGCGUGCUGGCAUCGCGGGGUGACGUUCUCUGAACAUCAGAGGCAGAGGAAGCCCUUCCAGACCAGAGUACAGGGGCAGGGGAGGCCCAAGAAGGAGGACGGAGGGGGCUCCCCGGAAGGCCUGGGGCUGAGGGGCGCCUCGGCCAGCUUCUCCCAGGAGGCUGGAGCCCUCGGCCCAGCGGCCACCGCCUCUAACGCCGCCGUCUGUAAAGACGACAGCUACGACGGUGGCUGCUGCUCCGAGCGUUCCCAGGCCCGGCUGCCUCAGGUCUGUGUGGUGGCCAGCUCACGGAUAGACGGUCCCCGAGAGCGCUGGCCCGGCGCCGCCCACACCUGGACACAUGCAGCCAGGCCCGGAAACCACCCACCCACCAUGUCUGACGAGGAAGUUGAACACGUCGAGGAAGAGGCCCAGGAGGAAGCGCCCCCCUCGCCUGCAGAAGCCCAUGAGGUCCACGAGGAAGUCCAUGAAGUUCAUGAACCAGAGGAAGUCCAGGAAGAGGAGAAGCCAAGACUCAAACUCACGGCUCCUAAGAUCCCGGAAGGGGAGAAAGUAGACUUCGAUGACAUCCAGAAGAAGCGGCAGAACAAAGACCUCAUGGAGUUGCAGGCUCUCAUCGACAGCCACUUCGAGGCCCGGAAGAAGGAGGAAGAGGAGCUGGUCGCGCUCAAGGAGAGAAUCGAGAAGCGCCGUGCGGAGAGAGCUGAACAGCAGAGGAUCCGGGCCGAGAAGGAGAGGGAGCGUCAGAACAGACUGGCGGAGGAGAAAGCCCGGCGGGAGGAAGAGGACGCCAAGAGGAAGGCCGAGGACGACCUGAAGAAGAAGAAGGCCCUGUCCUCCAUGGGCGUCAACUACAGCAGCUACCUGGCCAAGGCUGACCAGAAGAGAGGCAAGAAGCAGACGGCCCGGGAGAUGAAGAAGAAAGUCCUGGCCGAGCGGCGGAAGCCCCUCAACAUCGACCACCUCAGCGAGGAGAAGCUCACGGACAAGGCCAAGGAGCUCUGGGAAACCCUGUACCAGCUGGAGACCAACAAGUUUGAGUGCGCGGAGAAGCUGAAGCGACAGAAAUACGAAAUCAUGAACGUCCGGGCCAGAGUGGAGAUGCUGGCCAAGUUCAGCAAAAAGGCCGGGACCACGGCCAAGGGCAAAGUCGGCGGGCGCUGGAAGUAA